AAACACAGCCAUGACAUUCCAACUGAUCUCCAGGGAUGGGUUGCACAACCUCUCAAUAUCCACUGUCUCCAGAAUAACAGUUACAACUGCGGUGUCUGGGUUUUAGCAGCACUCAGUGCUGUACUCCAUGAGCGGCAUGUUUCAGGACUGCAGGAGGAUGACAUUGUUCAUAUGCGCCAUUAUCUCUUCACUCUUACUCUUUCUCUACCGCCA